CUAAAAUUUAUGAGUAUGGGUUCAUGUCAUUUCGAUAUUGAGGAUAACUCCAUGUCCCAGGACCAAAAUUAGUCCGUAUCGUUCUUCAAAUUAAGAUUACUCUUAUAUAAUAAACUAAAUACAAUUUUUUAAUGCAGAAAGACAUGAAAAAGCUUUUUUUUUUUUCCCAUAUCUUUAAAAUGUAAUUAUUCUUGUGCAUGCUUGUAAAAUAAAGUUUGGAAAAUGCAUACUUCAUGUCUUCAUUUGAAUAAUAUAAGCCCUGUAUCAACCUAGACCGAGACAUGGGUCUGCAAAACUUGUGUCACAGAGUUCAAAGAGUGUCCAGUUAUGACACGAAUCAGAAGUUACAUGCUUUAUGGAAAUCGGGGAGGACUAAUGAAGCUCGCCAACUGUUUGAUAAUAUGCCCCAGAGAGAUGAGUUUUCUUGGAAUACAAUGAUUGCUGCUUAUUCUGAUUCAGGGAACUUGAGUGAAGCUAAAAAACUUUUUGACGAGACUCCAAAGAAAAGUGCUAUUACUUGGUCUUCUUUGAUCACGGGGUUUUGUCGAAAUGGUAGCGAAUUUGAGGCUCUUGAGUUGUUUUGGCAAAUGGGGUUUGAAGGUUACAAGCCAAGUCAAUUUACAUUAGGUAGUGUUCUUAGAAUGUGUUCGAUGAAAUGUUUGUUGUCUAGAGGGGAACAAGUUCAUGGGUAUGCUGCAAAAGUUGGGUUAGAUAAGAAUGAUUUUGUUGUCACGGGGCUGGUUGAUAUGUACUCGAAGUGCAGAAGGAUUAUGGAAGCUGAGUAUUUGUUUGGGACGAUGGCUAAUGGGAGAAAUCAUGUUUCUUGGACUGCUAUGAUUAGUGGUUACUCUCAGAAUGGUGAGGAGCUUCGAGCGAUUGAGUGUUUUCGUGAUAUGCGGGCAGAGGGUGUGGAGUGUAAUCAAUAUACGUUUCCCAGUGUGUUCACAGCUUGUGCAGCGUUAUCUGCUUGUGGGUUUGGGGCACAAGUCCAUGGUUGCGUUGUUCGUGGUGGUUUUGAGACAAAUGUGUUUGUUGAGAGUUCUUUAGUUGACAUGUAUGCCAAAUGUGGGGACUUUAGAAGUGCAAAGAAGGCGUUGGAAUUGAGGGAGACUGAUGAUGUGAUUUCAUGGAAUUCUAUGAUAGUUGGGUGUGUUAGGCAUGGUUUGAAAGAGGAAGCACUAUUAAUGUUCAAAAAUAUGCAUUCAAAAGAUAUGGAAAUUGACGACUAUACGUUCCCCUCAGUUUUGAACUCUUUGGCUUCCAUGAAUUAUGAAAGAUAUGCGAAAUCUGUUCAUUCUAUGAUUGUCAAAACUGGCUUUCAUGCUUACAAGUUAGUAGGCAAUGCUUUAAUGGACAUGUAUGCAAAACGGAAUGACUUAGGUUCAGCGUUCAAGGUGUUCAACAGCAUGACAGACAAGGAUGUUGUUUCAUGGACCUCCCUUGUGACGGGUCAUGCACACAAUGGUGCCCCUGAAGAAGCUCUGAAGCUGUUUUGUGGGAUGAGGAUUGCAGGAAUUGAGCCUGAUCAGGUUGUCAUCUCGAGCGUCUUGAGUUCAUGUGCUGAACUGACAACUCUGAAAUUUGGCCAGCAGGUCCAUGCAAAUUAUAUUAAAUCUGGGUUUGGUUCAUCCUUAUCUGUCGAUAAUUCUCUUGUAGCUAUGUAUGCAAAAUGUGGGAAUAUAGAAGAUGCAAGUUGUAUAUUUUAUUUGAUGCAAAUAAGGAAUGUUAUUUCUUGGACUGCUCUUAUUGUUGGAUAUGCUCAAAACGGUAGGGCGAAGGAAUCUUUGCUACUCUAUGACUUGAUGACUGAAAGUGGCAUAAAACCUGAUUUUAUUACUUUUAUUGGCCUACUUUUUGCUUGCAGUCAUGCAGGUCUUGCCGAACAGGCACAUCAAUACUUUGAAUCUAUGACCAGAAUUUAUGGAAUCAAGCCAGGUCCAGAUCAUUAUGCUUGUAUGAUUGAUCUUCUAGGACGCUCUGGGAAAAUGCUCGAGGCUGAGAAGUUACUGGAUGAGAUGGAUGUUGAACCUGAUGCAACUGUAUGGAAAGCAUUGCUUUCAGCAUGUAGAGUACAUGGAGUUGUUGAACUGGCUGAGAGGGCUGCGGAAGCACUGUUUAAAUUGGAGCCGCAAAAUUCCGUGUCUUACGUGAUGUUAUCAAAUAUCUAUUCUGCAGCUGGUAAAUGGGAAGAUUCUGCCAGAAUCAGACGGUUGAUGAAAAAUAAAGGUAUUUCUAAAGAACCUGGGCGUAGUUGGAUAGAAAUGAAUAGUCAAGUACACGCCUUUACGUCUGAAGACAGAAGUCACCCAAAUAUUGAUGAUAUAUAUUCCAAGAUCGAUGAAGUCAUGAGAUUGAUCAAGGAAGCUGGCUAUGUGCCUGACAUUAAUUAUGCACUUCACGAUGUAAAUGAAGAAGUUAAGGAACAUGGCCUUGCUUAUCACAGCGAAAAAUUGGCUGUUGCUUUUGGGCUCCUUUUCGUGCCAAAGUCUGCACCUAUUCGGAUAUUCAAGAAUCUAAGGGUGUGUGGGGACUGCCAUGUUGCUAUGAAAUUUAUAUCGAAAGUUUUUCAGAGGCAUAUUAUACUAAGGGACUCCAACUGUUUCCAUCAUUUCAUCGAAGGAAAAUGUUCUUGUGGUGAUUACUGGUAGGAAGUUCUUUUAAUUUAUUCCUCUCCAGUUUAUUUCCUGGUCAAGAGACCAGGGGAUCCAUUCUUCAGUGCAUGGGUGUACAUUAUAAACACUGCAAAUCUGAACUCUGCUUGCACACGUCCUGCUUUGAUAUGAAGAGGCAAGAUCACAGUCUUCACGCUUAUGGUCCCUGCAACUUGACAUGUAUUCAGGCUGAAUAUGAAGGCGGUGAAUGCUUCAAUGACAGUCAAACAUGAGCACAACAAUACGAGAUAUGUUGAAGAUUGUAAGGUAUGUUAAUUUCUCCUUUGACAGUAGAAGAGGGUAGUGCAAAAACUAAUGUAAAAGUGGUAGAUGAGAAAACAAGUUGGAAGGCAGAUUCAGAUAUCUUAUACAGAAUUUUGGUUCACAUUAUCAUAUAACAAAAACAAAUCCUUUGGUCCUCAGAUUUUUUCUUGAAUUUAGGCUCUUGGAGGGUUCAUAUUAUCCUGUCAGAUUCCUGCGUAAUAGUAUAUUACUGGAUUGAAGCAAUUACUGAUUUGCAGGAGUAGUUCUUCAAAAAAAAGUCGUAUGAUGCGGAAUAUCAUAAUUAAGGUAAAGCUGCUGCAUGCCUCCUGUUAAAACAUUUCUUCAACUCGGGAGAAAAAGAUACUCCAUCAUACACGAUGAUUUUGAUUUUUGGAGUAUUUUGUUAGGCUUUCCUGUCGACUUGUAUACAAAACCUUAAACAGGUUUUAUACAUCCUCAAGCCAAUAGACUGCAAAGCACAAUCCCAUACUUGGAAUUGAAUUUCUCAACAUUGAAUCAAUAGCAACUGACAAAAGAAGUAUCUCAGUUCAUAUAUGUUGUACAUCUGAAAGUGCAUGUUUGAUUGACAUUCAAAUUUCAAUCAAUUGUGACUUGGACACGUCGGUUUACAGUUGUACUUGAUGUGUAACCCUCUCAAUCUGUUCUCAGACACGCCAAAAUAUCUGCAAUAUGAGUUUUUUUGUUUUUUUUUUUAAUGUGAAAGGAUUCUG